UAACCGAAACUGAAGAAGAUAUUCUAAGUUGAAUAAGAGCAUGUUAGGACAACAUGUGGCAACGGUUUUUUCUCUGAUUUUCUUUUACUUCCACGAAAGAAACUAUCAAUGAUGUCUUUCUUCUAAAAUCAAUAACACUAGCAAUCAACUGAAACUUGCAUACACCCAAAUCAAGUGAACUCUAGAAAAGAAACGAAUAAAGAAGCCUUUUUUUCCAUUUUCUAUUCUUGAAAUACUUCUAUGGCUCAAUUCACAGCUCAAGGGCCCUUGAAAUUGCUAUUUAACAGUGACGGGCUUCACUUAAAGCUUCUUGGCUAUGGUUUCGUUGGUGGGUUGAGAUCAUUUCAACUCCAGAAGAGAAAACUGAGGUAUAUUGGUUCACGUUCAAGGCUUUAUGCUUCUUCUUUCAGCAAAAAAUCCAGGCAUUUCAAUGCGGAGGCAACUCUCACUGGAAAAGCAGAUAGUGACAGUGAUGAGAGUGAAGAUUACGACGGUGAGUUUGAGACAGAUGAUUUGGCUUGCUUUAGAGGUCUGGUCUUGGAUAUCUCUUACAGGCCAGUCAAUGUUGUCUGCUGGAAGAGAGCUAUAUGUUUGGAAUUCAUGGAGAAGGCUGACGUACUAGAAUAUUAUGAUCAGACUGUAAAUUCCCCAAGUGGAUCCUUCUACAUACCUGCUGUAUUAAGGGUUCCUCAUUUGCUGCAGGUUGUAAAGAGAAGAAGAAUCAGAAGUAACCUUAGUCGUAAGAAUAUAUUAUUUCGGGAUAACUACACUUGUCAGUAUUGCUCUUCACGCGAGAACUUGACAAUUGACCAUGUUCUACCAACUGUACGAGGAGGAGAGUGGACUUGGGAGAAUCUAGUUGCUGCUUGUGACAAAUGCAACUCGAAGAAAGGUCAAAAAACAGUAGAAGAAGCAAAUAUGAAGCUGAUUAAGGUUCCCAAGGCACCAAAAGACUUCGACAUACUCGCCAUACCACUGACAAGUGCAGCAAUAAGGAUGCUGAGGAUGAGAAAAGGGACGCCAGAUGAGUGGCGUCAAUAUUUGGCGAAGCCAUCCUCAGAACCAUGACAUCCAUUCUAAGUAAAUGCUGUACAUUCUGGUAAAGCACAUUAAAAUCCAUGCAUUCAAGACGCAAUAUGACUUGUAGAUUUUCUUUCUUUCGCUUACGAAUUAGAUUAACUCAUGUAUACAGAACAUCUAUCUAAUGUAAUCCUUGCAUUGUAUUACAACUUUUUUACGUUUCACAACCAAAUUUUACGCACGAAAUUUACAAUCCUUUUAUGUUC